UUAUAUUUCAAAAGGCUUAACUCAUAGCAAAACCUGCGUUAACGUUUUUAAGAUUUUUUUUGAAAGGAUAUGACGCUAAUUCCCAUCAUAAAUUUGUUUACCGUGUCAUUCGGAGAAGACUAUAGCUAAGUUUUUGUUAUAUCUUCUGUGUAAACGACUUUAAGCAAAACGCGUACAGUUUGAGAAUUCUAAUGCGGAGCAUUUCAAAACACAAAACUUAUCAAAUGUACGCAUUGUUUGUAUUCUUCAAUAUUGUUAAAAUAGUACUUAUUGAGAAGACAAUUUGAGUGAAGUUCAGUCCGAAUAGAUAAUCCACCGCAUAAAUUGCAAACGAUCCCUCAGCACUUCCCAUGUUCUUCACUUGUCAAACGUGUUUUUAUCUCCAAGUGACCUUUUGUUAAUGUUGUAGAUUGUGUGGGCCACCAUGUCGAGACCGGAAACAAAAGCAAAGAUUGAUUAGCACAUACAUUAGCUAGUGAAAAGAAGAAAACAUCAAACAAAAGUCAAAAUCAUAACAACACUUUUUAUAGUUUAUUUAAUUUAAAAACUUACAAAAAGUUUCACAUUUCGGAAGCCUAGUCUCACUUUCUGAUAGACGUUUCUGCAAUCGUUGAUUUGUUUUUCUAAAGACAGUAAGGUGCUAUAUUUUGUAUGAAAUUCCACGACAAUAGUUUAUGCGUGCAUUAUGAACCUUCUUUAUAGUGGUGACUUUGAUCAGACCGAUCAUUUGUUCUAGCUGUCAAGUUUAACAUGUCAAGACUUUCAACAUGUCAAUCUUAAUCUUUUUCAAACACCCCUACGUGUGACCAUCGGAUUGACUGAUCGGUGAUACGAUCUCAAUAAUGUGGUUUUGUUUAUAGUCGGAUGCCGCGGCCUGAAAUAAGAUUUCUUAAUUUAAGAUUUUUGAAAAUGUUUUCACAAGGAAGAAAAAUUCACAGGAAAGUAAGCGAUUAAUGCCAAGAAGUGAAGGUGUAUAAUUCGUUCGAGCGAAUUGAAGUGCGGUGUAGUGCGUCCGCCUUUUGUUCGCAUACAAAUUGAGUUUACUCUGAGAACGAUUUAUUUCCCUAAAUUGAAUGCCUCUUUUCAAACGCCGUUCUUUUUCAAGUCACACCAGGCUUGUAAUCAGCAACAAAAGCUGACAUAAAUCAACCUAGAUUGACAGGACUGACAAAUAACUGAUUGAUUGCGGUUGGGAAAAUUGACAGUUGGGGGUGGGGGUGUUGAAUUGAAAGCAUGUGACAUUGAGAUCCUUCUCCGGAUUGGCCUAAUAUCGUCACAUGCUGGAGUCUAAAAUUUCGCCUUCACACAAUAACCAACAGACACAAAAAAAGUUAACAUCACAUCCCCUUGACCCUCCAAUCACCUCGGGGUUCAGUGUUCAUUGUGUGAUUUGAUUGGAAGGCGGCAAAGGCUUUAAUCUUAAAAAUUACAGCGAGUGAAAUCAGCAAUAACAGCAGCAGGGGAAAUAGUAAUAGCAAACCUUUCUACCACUCCGUACCUCCCUCAGACCCUUCAAGACAAGCUAAUCGUCUUCCUAUCAAGGUUUUGAAAAUGCUUACGGCUCGCACCGGACACAUUUUGCAUCCCGAAUAUUUGCAGCCUUUACCAUCUACACCCGUAAGUCCCAUCGAGCUUGAUGCGAAGAAGAGUCCUUUGGCACUUUUGGCUCAAACAUGUUCUCAAAUUGGGAAGCCGGACCCCCCUCCAUCUUCAAAGCUAACUUCUGUUACGUCAAAUGGUACAAGUGACAAAGAUUCCGGAAAACCUACUCCUUUGAAACUUAGCGACAUUGGUGUAGAAGACAAAUCGAGUUUUAAACCAUAUUCCAAACACGCUGAGAAGAAGGAUUCCAGUUCCUCCAGCUCUUCCAGCGUUUCUGCGGAAAAGUCUGGUUUCCGUGUGCCUAGCGCCACCUGCCAACCAUUCACACCAAGGACAGGCAGUCCAAAUUCCAGCACUUCUUCACCGAUGCCACCCGAGGGCAAAGGCAAUGACAGUCAGGAAAAGAAAGAAAUUGACACCGUAAAAAACAGCUCCACAGACAACUCCACGACCACUAGCGUCAGCCACAACCGGAUUAGUGUCAGUUGUGCUGGGAUAAAUGUGGAAGUGAACCAGCACCAGGAGACUUCAGUGUCAAAACCCAUUAUUUCGGAAACUUCCGCUCUAAGUUCUGGACUUGUUGCCCCUGUUUCGCCGUAUAAGCCCGGACAAACUGUCUUUCCUUUGCCUCCAGCUAGCAUGACCUACCCAGGCACCCUGGGAGCGUACGCCGGCUAUCCGCAUCAGUUUGUGCCACAUGGCGUCAGCUUGGAUCAUGCCAAAUCCAGUCUGGUCGGAGCGGCACAGCUGGCAAGUUCUUUGGGUUGUGGCCUCUCCAGUAAAUCCACCGGUUCCAGCCCAUUAGCCGGUGCCUCUCCACCCUCCAUGAUGACGGCCAGCCUUUGCAGAGAUCCUUAUUGUCUCAGUUAUCACUGCGCUGCUCACCUUGCCGGGGCAGCAAACAAUUCUUGCACCCAUGAUCCUACAACUUUGAAGUCUGGAUACCCUCUGGUUUACCCCUCGCAUCCACUACAUGCCGUUCACACGUCCAUGUCCAGCAACGCUGGGACGCCAACCCUAGCGGGACACCAUUUGUACCCAUAUGGCUUCAUGCUACCUAACGACCCCCAGCCUCACGUCUGUAAUUGGGUCUCCGCCAAUGGACCAUGCGACAAGCGAUUUUGCACCUCGGAGGAACUGCUCAACCACUUGCGGACGCACACUGCUUUCUCCGGGACUGAUAAGCUCAUGGCCGGCUACCAAAAUUCGUCUCUGGGCAGCGCGGCGGCGGCGGCAGCUGCAGCAGCUGUGGCGUGUCAUAUGCACCUCCCACCGACAGGGGCGCCUGGCAGCCCAGGUGGUCUCACACUAAGGAGCCCUCAUGCUUUAGGACUGAGCAGUAGGUAUCACCCGUACACCAAGAGUCCCCUGCCGACCCAUGGAGCUCCAGGGCCGGUUACCACUCUACCAGUGCCGGCAACAGGACACUAUUACUCUCCAUACGCACUCUACAGCCAGAGGUUAACCACAGCUUCAGCACUGGGCUAUCAGUGAGCUCAAACAUUGGAAGCUGCAAUAUGCAUUGCGAUGAAGGCUUAUGUGGGUCCAAUUUCAAAACCGUCAGGAAUUCUUUUUAAAUGUUGACCUAAUUUUCCUUCUGUUAAAAUAAUACAAUUUUUUAAUGUCAUGGAACCAGACAUCAAUCCGAAAGAUAAAUCGAUUAAUGAUGCGUAAAAACCCAUUGAAUUGUUUUGAAAAUUAAUAAAUGUAAAUAGUGUUUUUCUUUGAAAGUUUUGAAAUGCAAUCCAGGUAGUCUCUCUCAAAGCAGAUUGCAGUAUAAUGGACCUUUUUGAUGGUGUUCAUCAAUGGACGGGUUCCGUGAACGCUGUAUUUAUUUAUGUUAGCUUCAAGCGGGGGAAAAACAUAACAAAGUGCAUUACUUAAACAAAAAACCGAUAGGUAACGUGGAACAGUGUAGAAAAAUAGGGAUUUUUUUCCGGAAUUUCUUUUCAAUUGCUAUGAUUGUAUUGUAUGUUCUUAAUUUAAUGUCUCUUGGAAAAAAUUUACAUGCAUGUUUGUUACUAAAUUCCAACUUGUCAUUAUAAUUUCAAAUUGCAAUUAUUUUUAAGGUGUACCAUGGAAAGAGAAUUGGUAUUUUUUGUAUGUAUUCUGGAAAUAAGAAGCAGUGCUAUUCAAAAAAUAUGACCGUCUUAUUUUGUUAUUAAAUGAAUACUUGAUUACAAAUUGUAACUUCCGUUCGCAUUAUAUAGGUUUUAAAGUGCGGUUUUGCUACUUUAAAGAAUAUGCUUCCCCUUUCUACGAUUAUGCCAGGUUCUUUCUUUUCCCUCUCCCAAGAAGUGUGUUGCAUUGCUAACUAGGGCAACUUUUGAGGAGGGAAACAUAAGUUUCUGAUGUUUCCUCAUUCUUUUUUUUAAAAAAUCCUGUCAUUUUCCUACAGCUGUUAACCUCUUAGAAUGCAUGCUCCACUGUUAGAAACUUAGAGGUCACAAUAGUUUUAAUUAAAAGUAUUUCCCUCUGAGAAAUAGCAAAAUCAUCACAUAUACUUCCACCACCGCGGCACAAAUUAUUCGACUACUGUAUACACACUAAUUGUUUUAAAGCACUGGAAUACAAAUAGGCCUGUUUUUUCAGUUUUGUUUUUUAAAAAAUGUUUUCUGUAAUUCUGUUAGCUCUGAAUACAUUUUGGUUAUAAUACCAUAUUAUUAUUCAAACGUUGUUCCUGAGGGCUUGAUGAAAACCAAUGCCCGAAAGAGAUCGACCAACGUAGUACUACAAAGACCCAUCACUUUCCAUAUUAGUUGUAAAUAUUUUUCAUCUUGUAACCCUUGGUAUCUGAAUUAAAUUUUCAUAAAUCUGACGCAGGACAGUGGACGUACAAAAUUAUACACAGAAUCACGUUAAUCGAGGAUUCAAAUUUUUCGGGAAUCUGUCCAGUUAGCGGCAACCAACCCCGCUAAGUCAUCUCUCUUUGAACUCAAUCCUAUUACAAAUAGGUUCUUGCUCUGCUCUAAAUAAUGUUUGUCUCAUUCUAAAUCAGAAUGUUUGAACAUAUAGAAUCCCUAUUGUUUCUUUAAUGUUUUUUUAAAAGUCUGGUUUUACAAAUUAACCAACGGUAAACAAACGUAAAUUGCACGUAAAGCUUUCAGGUUUUUUUUAGAAAACUACAUGUUAAAUCAUAAUUUUCUAUUAGAUUUAUUAAAAUAAGGUCUCUGCACACGAUACUAUGAAAAGUUAAAAGUAGUGUAAUUCCAAAGGAUGUACGUAAAAGGGUAAAUGAAUUGAAGUACAAUACAAAUUGAGGUACUAAACAUUCUUACUGGAUUAACGUGGACUCAAACCCAAAAUAAAUAUUUCUUUUUUAAAAAAGUU